AUGGAAGGCUGUGAGGGUGUAGAAGUUGGCUCUACCAGCUGUGAGGGUGUAGAAGUUGGCUCUACCAGCUGUGAGGGUGUAUUAGUUGGCUCUACCAGCUGUGAGUGUGGGGUGGAAGACACACCAGCUGUUGAAUCACUCCAGCUGCCGAAGGGAACCCUCAAAAUUAAAAAUCACUUCAACUGUGAGUCCCGCAACGUAGUUUACGUCAUCCAGUGCAGGCGUUGCAACAUUUUUUAUAUUGGACAAACGGGGAAAAGAUUGUCUGACAGGGUUAGCCAACACCUGCGAUCAAUCAACAAUGAAGACGGUCUUCCUGUGGCCAAACACUUCAACAAGAACAAAAUGAUACGACAGGUUAACCCCUUUGCUAAAUCGUAUAUGCAAAUGCACGACAUUAUAACUCACAGUAACUCUGUUUCUUCUGUACGAAUUGUAUUCAUGGAAAAUCCAACCCUGGACAUGAGAAGGCUUGCCAUGAGAUCUGCAUUCAGCAUCUUGCAUUCCAGCGGCAAACUGUUCCAGCAAUAUGUAGUCGACGCAUAUGUCAGAACAGAAGGCGCGCGUUUACAUUACCUACGCUCCCAUCAAGAAGAUUUGCGCGUAGAACAAUACAGGGGACUGAUUGAUGCUAUCGCUGCAAAAGCACAAGGCAAUAACAUUCACCCUGGACAGUUGAUCAUUCUUCCCUCUACAUUUCAAGGCAGUCCACGGUACAUGCAACAGAACUACCAAGACGCGAUGGCAAUUGUCCGCAAAUGUGGCAAGCCUGACUUAUUCCUAACAUUCACCUACAAUCCUGCUUGGCCGGAAAUCUCUAACGCCAUUUCCCAUCAUGAGCGACCAGAACACAGGCCUGAUGUCGUUGCCCGCGUCUUUCAUAUCAAACUGCGGGAGUUCCUAACUGACAUUUUGGAGAGGAAUAUUUUCGGCAAUGUAGUCGCAUACAUUUUCGUUAUUGAGUUCCAAAAACGAGGCUUGCCUCAUUGUCAUAUGUUACUGACACUUGAUUCACAGUGCAAAAUAAGGACCAAAGAUGACAUAGACAAAUAUGUCUGCGCUGAGAUUCCAAAUACCGAAAUACACCCUCGACUUUUCCAAAUUGUCACUAAACGUAUGGUACAUGGUCCGUGUAGUACGCUCAAUUCUAGCUCAUCUUGCAUGAAAGACGGCAAGUGCACAAAAAAUUUCCCAAAGGACUUCAACGCCGAGACUCAAGAAAACACACAAGGGUACCCCAUAUACCGCCGAAGGCAGGGCACAACUGCCAUUGUUGGCAAACACGACAUCGACAAUCGUUGGAUAGUACCUUACAACCCCUGGCUUUCUCAGAAAUUCAAUGCUCAUAUUAACGUUGAAGUGUGCGCGUCCGUUCAAUGUAUCAAGUACCUAUAUAAGUACGUCUACAAAGGACACGACGCUGCAUCCAUUGCACUUCAGAAGGAGCCGGCCGAUGUUCAUUUGCCAGAACAGCAAGUCGUCUUCUUUCAUGAGGGUCAGGAAGAACAAGCACUACAAAGACAGGCCAACAAAAACGCCAUGCUCUUAGCUUGGUUUGAACUCAAUGAAACGGAUCCUGAAGCUGUGGAGUUACAUUACACUGAUGUUCCCCAUCAUUACACAUUCCAACAAUCCUCUGGAAAAUGGCAAAAGAGAAUUAGAGGAGGUGCAAAGGUGAUCGGUAGAAUGCCUGUUGUUGCCAUUCACGACACCGAACGUUAUUACCUCAGGCUUCUCCUUACCCGUUCCUGUCAUUCAUCUUCCGCCUUUGAUGCUCAGGCUGAACACUCCCACGCUAUAGAACACUACGACAAACUCAACACAGAACAAAAGCACGCUGUUGACAUUGUUUUGGACGCUGCAUACACAGACUCCCGACCGCGACAAACCUGCUUCUUCUUAGAUGGUCCGGCAGGAACAGGGAAAACCUUUGUCUAUAAAACUCUAAUCCAUACCAUCAGAGCCAGGGGAGACUUUCCUGUAACCGUUGCAUCUACAGGAAUAGCUGCAACAUUAUUACCAGGUGGACGUACUGCCCAUUCGGUAUUUAAAAUCCCAUUGAAGCUCACUCCUACUUUCACAUGCAAUAUCAAACCUAUCUCACAACACGCGCAACAUAUUCUGCAAUGCAAAUUGAUUAUAUGGGACGAGGCGCCAAUGACACAUGCAUACGCAUUUCAGGCAGUUGACAGGUUGUUACGUGAUCUCACAGGUGAGACGCACCCAUUUGGAGGGGAAACAAUUCUAUUGGGUGGAGAUUUCCGACAAAUACUCCCCGUCAUUCUGCGUGGCUCCCGAGCACUCACUGUCGCCAGUUGCAUAAACAAGCAACUUUUGUGGCGUCACAUGCAUGUACUUACACUGACGACAAAUAUGAGAGCUCUUCCUGACGAACAGCAUUUUGCAAAAUGGCUUCUCGAUGUUGGAGACGGGACAAUUGGAACACCUGUAACAUUACCGUCACAUUCUUUCCCUCUUCAUUCUGAUCCAGUUCAAUUACUAUAUGGCGACAUCGACUUCUCAACUGUCACUUCGGAACAACUCAGUACGCGAGUCAUACUAAGUGUCACGAACGAAGACUCCCUGCACCUGAAUGAACAAGUAUUGAAACUUAUCCCAACCGACGAAGUAACUUUCACCAGCGUGGACUCCAUCGUCACAGACGAUCCCGCAGAUGAACUUUCUUUCCCCGUAGAAUUUCUUAACAGUCUUACCCCUACUGGCAUGCCUCCGCAUAAACUCAAAAUUAAAAUUGGUUCAGUUGUCAUGCUUCUUAGAAACCUCAUGCCAGCAAGAGGUCUCUGUAAUGGCACUAGACUGACUGUUACCAGCAUUCACCGCAACGUACUGGAGUGUAAGACUAUCGCAGCUGCUACCUCACAAACUGUCCUUAUUCCACGGAUAUCCUUGACUCCAUCAGAUUCAAAUUUGCCUUUCACCUUUACGCGCAGACAAUUUCCUGUCAGAUUAGCCUUUGCCAUGACAAUUAACAAAGCACAGGGCCAAACAUUCAAAAAGAUAUGUCUGUAUCUUCCAAAACCAGUUUUCACUCAUGGACAACUAUAUGUUGCUCUCUCCAGAGUUACUUCCUAUAAUUCUCUUACAGUAGUUUGCCCAAACCCACCCUUUUUGGACAACUGUGUCUAUCAGGAAGUCCUGGGUCACUAA